AUGGAUAAAAUUAAAAAGUUAUUCAGUAAAAAGCCUGAUACUAGAGAAAGAAGAGUUAUCAUCGAUGAAGAACAACCACCAACCAAGAGCCCUUAUGUCAAUAACUAUAUCGCUACUUCUAAAUAUACUCUAUUGACUUUUUUACCUAAAAACCUUUUUCAACAAUUUACCAGAAUAGCCAAUUUCUAUUUCCUCUUUAUAGUUAUCAUUUCAUUUACAGAUGUAUCACCAAAUAAACCUGGUGGAAGUAUAUUUGGUUUGGUCUUGGUAAUUGGUAUCAAUGCUGCUAAAGAAGCCUAUGAAGAUUUCAAACGUUAUCAAUCAGAUAAAGAAAUAAAUAAUAGAAAAGCAAAUGUCAUUAGAAAAGGUGUUGAAACACAAGAGCUAUGGAUGAAUUUGAUGGUUGGAGAUAUUGUGGUCGUUAGAAAUGCCGAGCAAUUCCCAGCGGAUUUAGUGCUGCUUUCGAGUAGCGGUGAGAUGUCGCCAGGCAUGUGCUUCAUAGAGACUUCGAAUCUCGAUGGUGAAACCAGUCUAAAGUCAAAACAAUCACUCAUGGAGACCAACCACUUGCAAAACUCUGUAGAUUUCUCAAAUUUCCGUGCAAUCCUAGAGUAUGAAGCACCCUCAGUCAGUCUGACUUCGUUCAACGGUCGGAUGUCCAUCAAUAACCAACCUUAUUCCUUGAGUCUCGAUCAAUUGCUAAUUCGUGGAACCGUUCUCAUGAAUACCAAGGUGAUCUAUGGCGUGGUGACAUACACCGGCCAUCAAACCAAAUACAUGUUGAACACCAAGGAGACACCGUCGAAGCGUAGCAGAAUGGAUUCCACCAAGGAGAGAGGUGCCGGUCAGUGGUAUCUGGAUCUCAGUACCAACUACUCGCUGGAGACACUCAAAGGAUUCUUUACGUAUGUUGUACUGUUUGCAACUAUCGCUCCAUUCUCGUUGUAUGUUUCUUUGGAGUUGGCACGUGUACUCCAGUUGGUAUCGAUCAACAAAGACAAGCAUAUGUAUCACGAGGAAACAAAGACAUUUGCAAAAGCCAGAACAUCCAAUCUCAACGAAGAGUUAGGUCAAGUUGAGUAUAUCUUCUCUGACAAGACAGGAACACUUACCAGAAAUCAAAUGGAAUUCAAACGUUGCAGUGUCAAUGGUGUAAUCUACGGACCAAGCGAAGGAGAUCAUCAAUCAUUAGAAAUUAGUUCCACUUCUUCAAAACCAACAACAAAUCAUGAUCAUAUUAAUACAAAUUUAAUUUCAACAAGUUUCAAAAAUGAAGAAGAAGAAGAUUUUGGUAAUGAUAAACUUAUGAGUAGUAAUUCAAUUGGAAUGACAGAUCUUUCAAAAUCAAAAGCACCAGUUAGUUCAAAUGAACAAACAAUAGUUCCAAAGAUUGAUUUAAAUGAUCCAGAUAGUUUAGAUUUCUUUUUAGGUCUUGCUAUUUGCCAUACUGUAAUUCCAGAAUCUGUUGAUGAUCAAGGUAAAAUAUUGUUAUUAGUUAAAUAUUCAUCAUCUUCACCAGAUGAAAUUGCAUUGGUAAAGGAAGCUUCAAGUGCAGGUGUUAAAUUUCAUACUAGAACACCUGCUCAUUUGGGUAUCAGUGUAUUGGGUGAGGAAAGAGAGUACAAGUUGUUGAAUGUUCUAGAGUUUUCAAGUGAUAGAAAGAGAAUGUCUGUUAUUGUAAAGAACUAUAAUACCGAUGAUAUCAUUCUCUAUUGCAAAGGUGCCGACUCUGCUAUUCUAUCGCAGUUGGCACCCGAUUCCAGCAUGCCAAUGGUGAAGCUGAAUCAAGAUAAUCUCCACUCGUUCUCCUGUCAGGGUUUGAGAACUCUUUGCGUUGCCAAGAGAAUUGUUACCGCUGAGGAGUACGGUCCAUGGUCACAACGAAUGAAAGAAGCCAAUCUCUUACUUAACAAUCGUAGUCAAAGAAUCUCAGAGGUAUCUCUGGAGAUUGAGAAGAGUUGGCAUUUCCUUGGUGUCGUUGGAAUUGAAGAUAGACUACAAGAACACGUUCCAGAGACAAUUAAAACACUCUCGAAAGCUGGAAUCAAGAUUUGGAUGUUGACCGGUGACAAACAAGAGACUGCCAUCAACAUUGGAAUAUCUUGUAAUCUACUGGAUUCCAAAGACCUCAUGAUUCUUAAUGAAAACAACAAGGAUCUACUUCUUGCUAAAAUUAACCAAUAUCUCCAGGAAUUGGAAAGUGUUGGCGUUGGUGCCGAUGAGAACAGCAAUGUUGAGAAGAAAAACGCUAUUGUUAUCGAUGGUCCAACAAUGGUGUUUAUGUUCCAGGAUAAAGAGGUGGAGGAUGCAUUCUACCGGCUGUCUAAAAAUGUCAAUUCCGUUGUAUGUUGCCGUGUUACACCGUUCCAAAAGAGUGAGGUAGUACGUAUCGUCAAGGAUAGAACUAGCAGUGUUACUCUCGCUAUUGGUGACGGUGCAAACGAUGUCAGUAUGAUACAGAUUGCUCAUGUCGGUAUCGGUAUCAGUGGAUUCGAAGGUAGACAAGCAGUACUCGCAUCGGACUAUGCAAUCUCACAGUUCUGCUUCCUCGAACGUCUACUUCUGGUGCACGGUCGUUAUAACUUCAAACGUCUGUCAACACUGCUUUGUUUCUCCUUCUGGAAGAAUAUAGCCACCGUUUUACUGCAACUCUGGUUCAACAUUGACACACAAUUCUCAGGACAGACCUACAUCGAUGAAAUCAACAAUAUCCUCAUCAACAUUCUCUAUACUUCAUUCCCAAUCAUUGUUUAUGCAGUCACCGACAGAGAUAUCCACCCGAAAUUCUUAAAGAAAUAUCCAAUUCUAUUUAAAGAAACUCAAAAAGGUGAUAAUUUUAAUUGGAAAAUAUUUUCAACAUGGAUAUUACAUGGAAUCUAUUGCUCCGUUGUAAUAUAUUAUGUGAUGUCCAGUGUUUUCGAUGAUGGACCGACAGGAUCCAAUGGAAAGAUAGGUGGAUUGUGGUCACAGGCGGCAGCAUCUUUGUUUGCUUUGACAUUGAUGAUUCAACUGAUGUUGAUAUUGACUGUCAACUCUUGGAAUCGUGUUCAACACUGGGCUACUUGGGUCUCGAUUGCAUUCUUUUUUGUCUUCCAAAUAGCAUACAGUUUCCUCGCAUCGAUGUUUGGUAACCUCUACUACUAUAUGGUUUUCGUAAACCUUCUCACACAGCCAGCUUUCUAUUUAGCGGUGAUUGUUACCGUAGUUAUUUGUCUUUUACCAGUAUAUUUCACUAUUUUAGAAGGAUAUUUAAGAUUAGCACCAUUCAAAGGUAUUAAUUCUGCUUCCUAUUGGUUAUGUUUCAUCGAGACUUUAAAUAUUGAACUUGAACAAGCAUUAAAAAGUUUUGAGCUUUUUCAAAUCGUCAAAAAUCUCUAA